AUUUACCUACAUCACUGACACCAGCUUCAUAUAGCAUCUUAUACACUUACAUUAGUGUUUUGGAGUUAUAUAUGUUGCUUGUAAAUAGUGUGUGAGGGUGUAGUGUGUGGAGGAGAGUGAUAAUAAGAGUGGGUGUGGGAGGUGGUGGCUGUGGGCAGGGUGCGCGCUGGUAACCACCUCAGUGUGCAGUGCGCGAGGCUUAGUUGCGGAGCUCGGCUGCCCUUCCUGCGUGGCGUGUGUGUGUGAGUGUGGUGUUAGUGUGCUGGAGUUGUGGCGCCGCCGCCACUCUGCUCUGUGCUGGAGGUGGGCAGCACCGUGUAGCCUGGUGGCUCAGUGGUAGCCGACGCCGCAACCAUGGGCUGUGCCAUGUCUGCGGAGGAGCGCGCUGCUCAGGCCCGCAGCAAACAGAUUGAGAAGAACUUGAAGGAAGACGGCAUCCAGGCGGCCAAGGAUAUCAAACUGCUGCUGCUGGGCGCGGGAGAAUCCGGGAAGAGCACCAUCGUGAAGCAGAUGAAGAUCAUCCACGAGUCAGGGUUCACCAGUGAAGACUUCAAACAGUACCGGCCAGUAGUGUACUCUAACACCAUACAGUCUCUGGUGGCCAUCCUGCGAGCCAUGCCCAACCUUGGCAUCUCCUUCGGUAACAACGAGAGAGAGCCUGACGCCAAGAUGGUGUUUGACGUGAUCUCUCGGAUGGAAGACACUGAACCUUUCUCAGAGGAGUUACUGUCAGCGAUGAAGCGGCUGUGGGCGGACACGGGUGUGCAGGAGUGCUUCGGUCGCUCUAACGAGUACCAGCUCAACGACUCCGCCAAGUAUUUCCUUGACGACUUGGACCGGCUGGGAGCCAAGGAAUACCAACCCACCGAACAGGACAUUCUACGAACCCGCGUUAAGACCACUGGCAUCGUCGAAGUCCACUUUUCCUUCAAAAAUCUCAACUUCAAACUUUUUGAUGUCGGAGGACAGCGGUCAGAACGUAAAAAAUGGAUUCAUUGUUUUGAGGAUGUUACAGCCAUCAUCUUCUGUGUAGCCAUGUCAGAAUAUGACCAGGUUUUACACGAGGAUGAGACCACUAAUCGAAUGCAGGAAUCCUUAAAGCUCUUUGACUCAAUCUGCAACAACAAAUGGUUUGGAGACACCUCCAUCAUCCUCUUCCUCAAUAAGAAAGAUUUAUUUGAAGACAAGAUUAAGAGGUCACCAUUAACUAUUUGCUUCCCAGAAUAUACUGGGUCCAUGGAAUAUACCGAAGCAUCAGCAUACAUCCAAGCCCAAUUUGAAGCAAAGAACAAAUCAACGAACAAAGAAAUAUAUUGUCACAUGACUUGUGCCACUGAUACCACCAACAUACAGUUUGUGUUUGAUGCAGUGACAGAUGUAAUUAUUGCUAACAAUCUACGUGGGUGUGGUCUGUACUGAUGUGUUUGUUGUGAGAAUCUUCCAGGAUCUUGGAAUUUGUGGCUAUUUGUUGGUUGUAUUAGCCUCAUAAUCCCAAUUAGGGUAUUGUUUGGGAAUAAGAUUGUGUGAUUAUUUUAAGCAAGGUAAAUAUUACUCAAGCACAGGUCGUGGUGAGCUAAGCUGAGUAUGUAGGUUCCAUUUUUAUAUAUAAAAUUUAAGUUUUCCAGCAAAAUGAUACAAGAUGGACAAGGUUUUAUACAUUGCUAGUAUUUUGAUAAGGCCUAUACUCUAUGUUUUAAAUAGGAAAAUAGGCUCUAUUGAAACAAUGCAAAGACUGCUUGUAAGCAGAUUUAGUGGCAGUUUAUAAACUGGUAAAAAAGUGAAAAAAAAAUCAUCGAAUUUAACAUUUUGUUCUAUCCUGGUGUCAUUUAAUUUCCCACUGAAAUGUCAUCACUUGUUCCUGAAAUGUUGUAAAGAAGAGAUAAUCAAGUGAAUAAAAUUUCUGAAUAUAUCUCAAAAUGAUAGACAUUAAGACUUAUUUUAGAAAAUUUUGCUUAAACAUAAAUUGUGAUUUUUGUGUAAAAAUACAAGAGUAACUGGAUGAAAAAGUAAUAGUUCACAUAACUGUCAUUCGUGCUGUAAAUUUGUUAUAUACGAUAUCGUCUUAGAGUUGAAUUCAGAGGAUGCUGUACUGAUUUUUUUGUAUGAAGCCAUAUGUCAAAAAUAUUCUUUUGAAUAUCUGAUGACAAGAUACAAAAUUUUCAUUGACAACACUCAUACAAGGCAAUAUUUUCUUUUAUAAUGAAAAAUACCAAUACAGUAGUAUAGCAUAAAGAAAAUAAGGUUUGUAAUUAAUAUUAUUUAGAUCAUUCAGUUAUUACUGUAUGUUUGCUUCAGAUAAAAAUCAAGACCAUUAGAGCUAACAAGAUUCUAAUAAGUGUUAGGCAUUGUUUUUAUUUGUAUAAGAAUACAGAGAGUUGUAAUAGAAUGCAAAACAUUGCAUUCCAUAGUAAGCCUUGAUAUUUAGCAAAAAAAAAAAAAAAAAAUGUACAAUGCAUUAUUUCUGUUACUAUUUUCAAUUUGUUCAAAAUUUAUUUAGAGAAACUGGCCAUAGAUACUGAACAAAAGUUAUUUAAAGCUCUGGAUAACCAUAUUUAUUUUCUUAAACACUGACAGAUUCCCACACGCGCACACACACGCACAUGCACACAGUAUGGACUCUAGGAACAGAGGCUACAGACCUCACUCAGAGAAAGACUUUAUGGUGAGUAUAGUGCCUAGCAUAUCACCAGAGGUUCACAUCAACUGAAUAACCUCUACAGCUAACUCAUCAGGCAAAUUUAAAAGUAGCCUUCAGGAAUAUCAACACACAUUCUGGAUCCUCUGUACAACAAAUGUCAAGCCUAUUGUUGAGUAUACAGCACCAGUAUGGAACCAACACCUGAAAAAAAGAUGUUAAGAAACUGCAGAAAAUGCAAAGAUAUGCAGUGAGACUAGUUUCAGGCUAUGACAGAAGAAACAGGGAAGCCAUGCUAACAUACAAAAUACAUGGAGGAACUGAAAGGGUAGACUUCAAAAACAUCUUAUAGACAAAACUUUAAUAAAACUAGUUUGCUUCAAUUUAUUUCUCUUUAUAUUUAUACCACAAGUCUCAGACCGAGCCACGGGCAUUGACCCCCGGAACCCUCUCCAGGUAAAUAAGUACCACCAAAACAGAGAGAAUCAAGGGGAAAGAAGAUUUAAGUUUUGCCUGCUUUCCAUAAGGAACACCAAACGAAAGAAACACAAACUAUUAGUUUCAUUCAAUCCAAACAUGCCUCGAAGUUUGAGUGAGAAGGAAGAAGGAAACCAGGUAAGAGAGUAAGGUUGCAGAUUGAACCAGGUAAGGGAGUAAGGCUCCAAGCUGAAGGUGUUCCUCAAGGAUGUGUCCUUAGCAUCACUCUUUUUCUCCUUGCUAUAAAUGAUCUGACAUCUGUUCUCCCUUCUAAUAUUUGGUCAUCACUAUGUUGAUGAUUUUGCUAUAGCUUGUGCAGGUGCUGACUGUUGCCUGGUAGCAGCCUCACUCCAGAAUGCUGUCAACAGUGUUUCCCAUUGGGCCACUACUCAUGGGUUUAAAUUUUCUAGUGCUAAAACACAAAUAAUUACUUUCACCAGAUGUUCAAUCGUCCCUGAUACUUCAUUGUACUUGUAUGGCUCAUGAAUCCCUGAAUGUGAUACGGUCAGAUUUCUUGGUUUACUGUUUGAUCGCUGGUUGUCUUGGAAACCUCACAUUACCUUCCUGAAAGCAGCUUGCUAUAGCCGGCUGAACCUGCUUAAAACCCUCGCUCAUCUUUCAUGGGGGGCAGAUCGUCAAACCCUCCUUCGACUGCCUUCAGCCCUAAUUUUAUCAAAGCUAGAUUAUGGUGACCAGAUAUAUUCUGUGGCCUCUCCUGCAACUCUUUCUAAACUCGAUCCCAUCCAUCAUCAGGGACUACAUUUAUGUCUAGGUGCUUUUUGCUCCUCACCUGUCAAGAGCCUCUAUGCAGAAGCAAAUGUCCCAUCCUUGAGCAAUUGUUGUGAUGCUCAUUGCCUCCACCAUUUUGUCUGUUUUCAUGACCUUCAAGAUACUUCUACAUGCAGGAUAGUAACGAAUGUUAACAGAAGUCCAUCAUUUGUCCACUGCCCCUGUUUACUCCGUCCCUUUUCUCUUCAUCUUCAAUCACUCGUCUUCUCUUCAGUUGCCCCCUUUAUAUGUUCAUCUAGCAUCCAACUUUUAACUUAACUCUUGGGAAGUUCCAACAGUUAGUGUCUGUUCUUCCCCACUACUGUGCGUGAAAGCUCAAAUCCCUACAGUUGCUUCUCGCUCUCUUUUUCUUAAUCAAUUCUGAUCUCGUUCUCAUGCUGUUGCAGUGUACACUGAUGGUUCUAAAUCCUCUGAUGGUGUUGAGUUUGCAGCAGUGUUUCCUGACAGCGUGGUGCGAGGUCAUUUAUUAGACUCGGCUAGCAUUGUUACAGCUGAAUUGUAUGCUAUUCUCAUUGCCAUUAUCCGUAUUGUAUCCAUGCCUACUUCAAAGUUCAUAAUCGUCUCGGACUCCUUUGGUUCUUUGCAAGCUAUUAAAAUAAUUUGAUUCACAUGCUAUACAUGAUCUACCAGUUUCAUACAGAGGUAUUCCAUUCUCUGUAAUCACUACCUACCUUCGCAACUGUUGGGCUGAUAUGACUCACAACAAAUUACAUUCUAUCAAACCAAGUUUGGGUUUCUGGCCUUCUUGUCAUCGAUACUGAGGUUGGGAGACAACUCUCUCUUGUCUACGCACUGGACACGCUCUUUUAACCCAUGGGUAUCUCGUGGAGAGGCAUCCUGUUCCACUUUGUGAGAAUUGUUUAGUUCCUGUUUCAGUUUCCCAUAUUCUAUUGGACUGUCCUGUCUAUCAACGAGCACUCAGAAUUUUCCUCCAUCUUCACCGCAUUAAUGCCCUUACUUUUUUGUCCUCCUAGCUGAUGGACCCACCUUCGACACAGAUUCCUUCUUUGACUUUUUGACAGCAAUUGAUAUAUUACACAAACUUUGAUAAUCCUUCCUUUAGCACUCCUCACAGCUCCUCCUAACUUUACCUUUAUUGUCAUCUCCACCCUUAUUUAUUCUUAGAUCCUGCAUCAGUUCCUACCCUGCAGUGCUGUAUGACCCUGAUAGGUUUAGUGCUCCCUUUUGAAUAUAAUAAUAAGAGAAGGGUUGCAGAUACAACCAGGUAAGGGAGUAAGGUUGCAGAGUAAACCAGUAUUCAUCAUUGUGUGGUGUCAAAUGUCUGUUCAUAAAACCAUCAGCUGAACAUAGCAACUAGAGCAAUAUUUAGGCAAAAUGAAUGUAGUUAAAACAGGUAACAUUUCUUCCACCCAGUUAGAAUGGAAAAUUCCUACAUAAGCACCCUGGUAAGUAGCAAACUAGUUUUCUCAAUGACAGGAUAGAAAUACCCUGUAAGUCAUAUGAAUAAGUGCAUAUUGAACCUCUGUAAUAGAAUUACUGCAUAACAUACAAUUAACCAAGAGACUGUGAUUUCUGUUUCAUCAUGGUGCAAUCUCAAGGGUAGUUUCUUGAUGCUGGCAAGGGACUGUUGAUUUAAAGAAUUUGACUUGGCCUCCCUUUCUUUGGAUUGAUGCUGAUAGCUUCCUAUUUCCCAGGUGCUGUGUAGAUUCCUCUAUGGGUUUUGUCUUUCUACUAAAUGUAAUAAUUAUAUGCUGAUACGAGACCUCAAACCAAAACUUUUUUCUUCUUUCUGGUCAAAUGUUGAGUUUCUUUUUGAUACACUGCUAUACAAGUGUUAUCAAAGUCAAUGUUAAAAGAUAAAUGUGUAAAUUUGUCCAUUUAUUGUAGUCACGAAAUGCUAAACUCAUACAGGUUACACACUAUCUGGAGAAAAAGUCUAUAUCAGGUUUCAUCAGAGGAAGGGUACCUUUAAUGCCAUAGAUCAAGAACCUGUCAACUUCAAGACUCCCCUUGCAAGGAUUUAUCACAUUAACCAUUUGAUCUAUCUUUAUUAAAACUGAUAAAAUACAGAAAUCCUCAAAUAUGAAACACUUGUUUACUGCUAGAUAUAGCUGGUAGUGAUCCCUACAUGUUGAAUUAACUGGGAAUUUGAGAUGAUCAAGAAAAUUUGUGAAAUAGUGAACAAUCUUCAGUGAAUCAUUGCUGUAUUUAAAAUUAUAAUGUACAUUUUAAUAUCAUAAAAGACUAUAUUAUUAUUACACUGCUAUGGAAAUGCAAACCCAUAGGUAAUAUGGUGCCUAGGGAAUAUGUAAUCAGGUUUGAUUCAAGGAAAGAGUUUCAGUUCCUUGGAUCAAACAUCAGCAUCAAGGCAUUUCUGUAAGAGGUAACAGAUUGUAGAACACCUACAAGGAAAUAAGAAUGUUUUAGUUUUGUUAUAUAUACACCUGAAUGUAAAGUUUGCCUUUAUAAGUGUAAAUACUGUCACAGGUUUAUGAAAACAUCAACAACAGCAGCAGUAGUAUAAUCAGUGGCAGGUGUAUAGUAUAAUCAUUGGCAGGUGUAUAGUAUAAUCAUUGGCAGGUGCUGAACCUAUAGGUCCCCAAAAGUAACACUAGGAAAUACUCAUUGUCUUGCCCUGCAAACAAUGGGGUUCCAAGGGCCAUAAACAAGCCAGCAGCAACAUUUCUUGAGGAUAUUGGAAGAAAAGAAGCAUUUUAUUAAGAUCAGAGAAGAAUCAAUUGUCAUACUUCCACAUGAGGUACUGGCUAUACACUUAACUUAGACUAAAUUAGUUAUCUGGCCAUUACAGCACUAUAUUUAAAGCUUUGCUUAUAUGCCAUGAUGUUUAACAUGCAUAAAAUAGUCCAAAAUAACUUAAGCUAGACAUGGUGAAAAAUAUGUUACAGUACAUGGUGGUACAGUACAAAUGUGGUCCAGUACAGGUGUCAGUUGUAUAUUUUGUAAGAAAUCUAUUAGAGGAUUAAUAAGUUCUUUUCCCAUACCCCCUCCCCCAAGGAGGUUCCUUGAUGCCAGUUACUUCUUGAUCCAACUAACUGGACUAUCUUUUAUUUUCUUGGAUCAUACCUGAUUGCCUUCCAUUCCCGAUAUUAGUGCUGUCCCCUGAUUUAAACAAAAUAUUUUGUUCAUAUGACCUCAUGGGUGUUUUCAUAUAUCGAUGAGAAAACUACACAAGUAUGCCACUUACAUGAGCACAUAGGAAUUUUUCAAAACUGUGGAUGGUCAGGAAAUAUUACAUGAUAUAACUAGUCUUCAUGUAUCUUAACAUUAUUAUUCUUUAAUUAUACUACCAAUGGUUCUGUGACUACAGGUCUAGGAAUACCACUUUUCUCUUGAUAUAAUUCCCUUAUCUGGUUUCCUUCUUUUUGGUCUGUGAGUCUGUGUUUGACACACCUGGGUUGACAAAACAUUUGCAAUUUUUAAUGUUAUACAAUUAUAUGUAAUCUAAUAUGAACAUCUGUAUGGAAAUUUAAAUUGUUUAGUCUCAUUUUUGGUAUAUAAAGCUACUUAAACCAGAAUUUUAAAAUCACUUGAGUAUUUAGUCAUAUAGAUGCAUACUUUAUUUUAAACACUGGCCAUCUCCCACCAAGGCAAGAUAAACCAAUAAAUAAAACACUUUCACUGUCUUGCCAGAAGGGCACAGUUCAGAUGAUCUUCCAAACUGCAACAUCCCUUACCCCUCCUUCCCACAUCCAGGACUCAGGUUGACUAACCGGUUUCCCCGACUCCCUUCAUAAAUGUUACAUUCCUCACACCCAAUAGUAUGUCAUCGAAAAAACCCACUUGCCUCCACUCCUGACACACUCACACAAGCCUGCAACCUUACCUAGGAUGGCCCCCACUCCACCCUCCACUCCAGAUCUAUACUCCCUCCUGGUCAUCCUUUUUUUUCCUUCAUCCUCUCCAAAUGCCCAGACCACCUCAACAACCCCUCCUCAGUCCUCUGACUAAUACAUUUGGUAACUCCACACCUCCUAAAUUCAGAGUUUACACACAUACACUACAAAAGGUUUAAGGGGCACAUCACAAGAACACAGCUGUGCUUGUCAAAAAUUUAAUUUGAAAUACAAAGAUACCUCAGUGUAACAAAUUAAUGAGGAAAGGGGGGGUGUCUGUUUAAAUAAAAAAAACCACUUCAUUGAAGUGCCCAUUGCAGCAGCCAUCGUCUGCUGUAUCAAUAGAUUACCAAGCAUACAAUGUAUUUAGUCAGCUCCAUUGAUGACUAUCAGACAUAAGAAUAAAUUAAUACAUUACAGUCAAUUACAAUGCUCAAAACAAGAGUUACAAGUACAGUACAAUGUUUUUUUUUUCUUAUUUGGUGGAUAGAUGAGGUUAUAGCAGGCACAUUACAUAUCACCUAGUGGUGACAGAAUAUAUAAUUUAUUCUAAGUUAGAAGCCCUGUUAAACUAAAGCAGCAACAUUGUAGAUGGUGUGGAAGAUGCAGGCAGAUUGUGUGGGAGACUUAGAUGGUUCACCAGAUGUAGAUAGUCAAGGCCUAUUUCUAGAUGGUUUAAGAGACUUGAAAAGAGGAACAGGUUUAAAGAAUGUAUCCAGCUUCACUUGUUUGGCAUGCUGAUGCUUCUCCCUUAUGACAUUCUUUUGUCUUCUUUGAGAGGCCAGUGUAUGUGAAGAGAAUAUCCCUUACAUUUAUGCAUCACUUCUUCAGCUCUUGUAUCUUGAGUUAUUUUCAUCCCCUUUUUAGGACCAACUUUAGAACAUUUCUGGGGUAGUCUCUAUACUGCUUUCAUAGCAUAUGCUAAAAGUUUAUCUUUGCUUUAUGAAUGUCUGAUACUGUCUUAACAUAAUACUCCUCACACUCAUCCCACUGAAAUGCCCAACUCCACC